AAUUUCUCGGGUUUCCGACCAAUCAUUGUCAAGUUCCGAAUAAUCAUUAUCAAGUUUGACAUGCCAUCAAGAUGAAAUGGCAAGUUAAUGUCUCGAUGAAGUGUUGUAGUCAGUUAUAGCACGGCUGUAACCAAGCAAUGCGUUUCAAUGACCAAUGAUCGAGAAGCUGAAAUGAAUGGCGGUUGAAACAAGCAAUUUUGAGGCGCACACGAUUCAUAAAUAUUUGCUGUAUGGUCAUCAUUUUCUGUUCUUCUACCUUGUUAUUGCACAUAUAUAUGAACUUUUCGUUUAAUGCCAAGAAAGCGCGUGAAGUUACCGAAGCAAUAUUUGCACCAUACAAUUUCACGGACGCUAGGAUACUAUUGACUCCUAGCUUCCAACAAUGUCCCAGUGUUCCCGUCUUUUAUAUCAUUCGUACUCAUCCAGGAAAUAUGAGAUGGAGGAGUAUUAUUCGCUCAACAUGGGCUGGAUCUCUAAAACACUCCUUAAUAUUUGUAUUGGGUGUUGAGAAAGUGGGUGAAGUAAAUGAAUUGGUAGAGCUGGAAGCUGAAAAAUACGACGAUCUGAUCGUUUUUGAUAUGAUUGACACUUACAAUAACAUGACGCUGAAGUCAUUAAAUAUUUUAAGUUGGAUUGUUCAGAACUGCCAAGCGCCCCGAUUUUUUAUGCAGGGUGAUCCAGAUAUAGUGGCAUUUCCGGAUGAAAUUGCUUUGUACACCUCGAAGCUGGACGCCAAUCUGAUAGCCGUGUAUGGAAAAUGUUGGAAAGGUGCAAAAGCACACCGCGAAGAUAGUAGUAAAUGGGCUUUAAAUUCACUGAUUUAUGCAUCAGUGACUUAUCCGACCUAUUUGGCCGGUGGUGCAUGGUUAUUCUCUCCUGCUACCGCGAAACGUCUCCUGAUGGCUCUCGAAAAGCCCCUAUCCUAUGUCCAUAUCGAUGACAUGCUGAUUUCGGGGAUAUUCGCAGAACUUAUGGAUGUACGCCGAGUAUGUUUAAAAACUGUUGGCUAUUUGUAUGAAUUCUCACUGAAAAAAUGCCGUGAUGAUCAUAUUCUUGCUGUUUUGCAACUCGAAGAUCAUGAAAUUUUGAACACAAUUCUGGACUAUCGAGAAGCCUCAAUAGAAUGCUAUGCCGCUCGUUCUUCAUAAAAAUAAACUAACUCUGAGCUGCAUACUUUAAAUUAGGUAGUUUAUGAAUAUAGACAAAAUGGAAAGUCC